AUGCUCGCAGACAACGUCAAGAUGCAGGCAGAGGCCCCAGAUUGGCAGCAGCACUUAAUCAGUCUCGACGACGCCAUCGUAGCAGCAUUUGAACGCAGAGAACGACAACGGCAGCAAGAGCGCGAAGCUGCAGUGAAGCUGGCGGUCACACGAGGGAAGACAGCCCAGCUGGCAGCGAGUGAGCACCAGGGACCUCCUACCCCACCUGCCACACUCAAACAGAUGCAAGCCACACGGAGGAGCCUUGCUCAAAAGGCGCGCAGAGCGAGAGAGCGAGCUGCCCAGGGUCAGCUUCAAGAUUCCAACCUGCCCACAUCGAAUGCUGGGGCACCUCCUCCAUCAAAUCGAACCCUUGCACAGCGUGCGCGUCGAGAGCGCGAAAGAGCUGCACGAGAGGGCAUUCACCAAGACCAGCAAGUGCAGGAGCCAAAGGCACCUCAGCCAUCAAACCGAACUCUUGCACAACGUGCGCGGCGGGAGCGGGAACGAGCUGCUCAACACGGAAACGAACAAGGUGUUGCACGACGGACACCACCUGAAACACGAGGAUUAGAAGGAGAGAUCAUCGCACAAGGCAGCAUCAUCGCAGGAGGGCCCACCAACGACCUCGACUCGCCUUGCAGAGCCCAGCUUCCUAACAGAGACCACGACGCUGUACCCCAGAUUUCAUCAACAUACAUCAUCCCAUUCAUCUCCUUACAGCACCGAUCCUCUCUCGCCACCCCUUACCAGUACGAUAUCUACGCAUCCCUUUCAGCAACUGCCGCCAUAAUCACAUACAAGAUGUCUUACUCGCCGCCCAUCCAUCGUCUCUCGUCCUCAAGUACUGGCAGCAGCAGUGCCGGGCCCAGCGGUGCCGCCAGCCGAAAGCACGAGGAGGAGCUGAUCAAUGCGUACGAGGCGGAGGAGGAGAGAAUUAUCAAUGUUCUUUCGCGGAAGCUUGAGCAGCUCCGCGAAGACAAGAUCGAGCUUGAAAACGCCCUCGAGGCGGAAUCGGAGAACCACGUCAACAGGCUUUCGCGCGAGCUGGGGGCUCUGCGCAUCGCACACCAACAACUGCAACAGCAGCUCCUCCAGAUGCAGCAACAACAGCAACAGGCCGAGGCGACAUCGUCAUCGUCAUCAUCGUCGCAGCGGAACGGGAUCGCGAUUAACGGGCACUCUCAAGUUGAGGUGGAUAGUGUUGGGCCGAGCCCCGCGAUGGGCUUGUCUGCCUCCCCAGACACGAGGCUGGGGUACCGUGCGUUCAUGGCGUCAGCGGUCGCUGCGGGGCCGUUGGGGAUGAACGGGAGCAUCGGCCGAGGGACGCUGGGCGAGCCGAGCGCAGAGAUGAUGCUGGAGGCCAUGAGGCGCGAGAACGAGCAGCUCCGGAACCGCCUGGUCGAUACGGAGCGCGACUACGUGCGGAUCUCGCGGCUGAACGAGAUUUAUCGCGAGGAGCUGAUCGAGCAUCGACGCAGGCAAAACCUUCCUGUGGACAACUUGAUUGGUCUGGCGUCUGCGGAUCCGUUUGCGCUCCCGACGCACCACCGGUCGGCGUCCACGUCGUCAUCGAUGUCGAGCUCGCCAUCGACGAGUGUGUUCCAUAUCCCGACAAGGCCGUACUCGAUACAUGGACACAGCAACCUCGCGUCGACGCAUAGUGUACCCAUUCCCCGCACGGCAUCCCAGAUUCACCGUCCGACGCAGUUCCAGCUACCGCUACCAGGGGUCGAACAUGAUAUUAGCAGUACGCUGCGCGACAGCGUCUCGAACACACCACUGUCGCCCUCGCCGUCCGAUUCCUCCUCAGCUAGCUCGCCGUUCCCGUUCUCACCUUCCCAGUCGGCGAACCCUGCGAGCUUCGUAAGCGUAUCGACAAACCUUACCAGUCCACCGUCAUCGGUAUCUUUCGGCGGCAUGGGCCUCGUCGGGGCGUACGCCGUCCCCCAACGCGGGCUCUCCUACCCCUCCGUGCCCCCGCCCUCGCUCUCCAGCAGCUUCGGCAGCCCAACCGUCUCCUUCCACAUGCCGCACCGCGAGCGCGACCCGUCCAUGAGCCCCGUCGAGCCCCUCAGUCGGCGCAACUCCAACGCGGGCAUGGGGUCGGGCUCCGUCGCACGGCGCGGCAGCAUCGGCGCGAACGGGCGCGUCGUCGAGACUGGGACUCUGCGGAACGUGAACGCGAGCGCGUCGGGGAGCAGAAGGGCGAGCUUUGACCGUGGCGCGUUGCCGAUUGGCGGGCGUGUGGCGGAGACGGGGUCGUUGGUGGGACGGAGGAGCAGGGCAGGCAGUGUGAAUAAUCAGCAGCAGCAGGGGCAGGGACAGGGUGGCCAGGUACAUGGUACGGGGAUGUUGCCUGAGACGGUGGUCGAGGCGGAGGGCGAUGUGGAUGGGAUGGAGCUUGGGGUUGUUGCUGAUGAGCAGGAGGUUAGGCCUGAGGUGGAGGUUCAGGUUCAUGUUCAGGCUGCUGGGACGUCGGCUCCGGGUCCGCUGGUGGCGUCCUUGUCGACGAGCACGAUUGUUGGUAAUGUCGGAGGCUCGAAGGCGGUUAUGGUCAGGGGCAGCAAUAGUAUCGCAAGUAUGGACUUGGAUGCUACACCUGCCAAGUCUCGGUGA